UCGCUGGGGAGCGCGCAGAUCAGAAGCUCCGGAGCAGCUCGACCAGAACGGACCGGUACCGCCGACAGUCCCGAUUUUUAUCGGUCAUGUCUCAGACUCCGAUUCUCUCUGUCCUCCCCACUCGGACUCUGGUUGACGAGAAGUUCAAGGUUUUGGUGGAGAAUCUGCCUCCAGCAUGUCCGGUAACUGUUCGCUCCCUCCACCAUUCUGAGGACAAUCACGACUGGGAGGCCUUCGGGUUCUACGUCAGCGACCAUGGAGGAACCGUCAACGUGUCAAAAGAUCUGAGUUUUGGAGGCACAUACACUGGACAAGAGCCCAUGGGUUUGCUGUGGAGUAUGUGCCCUGUCCCAGGCAGCCGCGAAGGCCUCAGGUUGAGAAAGAAGAACGUGAGCAGCCCCAUGCUGGUCAACAUCUCGAUCCACAGUGGACACGAGGGCUUCAGGGAUCGAGCUCCUCUGGCCUCGGCGCUCAUAGAGAGAUGGUACAUGGCUCCAGGUGUCCAGAGGAUCGAUAUCAGAGAGAAGGGAGUGCAAGGGACUCUGUUGAUACCUCCAGGUCCAGGACCUUUCCCCGGGAUUCUGGACCUUUGGGGAGGUGGAGGGCUAAUGGAGUAUCGCUCUGCUUUGUUGGCAUCCCAUGGUUACGCUACAAUGUCGCUGGACUACUUGGGCUGCGACCAGCCAGAGUUCAGCUACGCUGAGACUGCAUUUAAUAUCAUCAAGGACCAUCCUCAAGUGAUUGAAGACAGAGUUGGAGUUUUUGGGAUUUCACUUGGUUCGCUUCUGGCCCUCUACUUGGCAACCAAAAGCACUGUUGUCAAGCCUCGUUGUGCUGUUUGCAUCAGCAGCAUCAUAACUUAUCCAAGAGGGAAACAUCUGUUCGGGGUCCAUGAAGGAACGAGCACACUUUCAGACAAGAUAUCUCGGGAUGAGAACAACCAUGAGAUUUGGAAAGAUAUGGGCCUGGCACUUCUUGAUAGUGACCCCUCAAGGAAAGUGAACAUGGGAAACUUAAAGUCUCCGGUGUUGUUGGUCAGCGGCUGUGAUGAUCAGAACUGGCCUUCAUUUGAGACAAAUGAAGAUAUAGCCCGGAUGAUGCGUGAAGCCGGGAAUGAACACCUGCUGAGCAGAUUGGAGUAUCCUGGUGCCGGACAUCUAUUUUUAUCAGUCAUGUCUCAGACUCCGAUUCUCUCCGUCCUCCCCACUCGGACUCUGGUUGACGAGAAGUUCAAGGUUUUGGUGGAGAAUCUGCCUCCAGCAUGUCCGGUAACUGUUCGCUCCCUCCACCAUUCUGAGGACAAUCACGACUGGGAGGCCUUCGGGUUCUACGUCAGCGACCAUGGAGGAACCGUCAACGGUGGGAACCUGCUGGUGGACACGGGCAGUGAGGGAAUCUAUCAGGCUGAAGAAGGAGACUUUCUGGGCCUGGUUGGCUUGGGAGUCUCUAGAAGCAGCCACACUCGGGUGUGGGAGGAGUUCUGGGAGGCCUUGGAGAAGGGCUUUCGGUUGGCCUCGAGGAAGUUCUGGCAAACGGUUCGGUGCCUCAGGAAGGGGAGGCAGGGCUUUGCCCAGGCUGCGUACAAUCGGAGGGGAGAACUGCAGACCCAGACUGGGGACAUUGUCGGGUGGUGGAAGGAGCACUUCGAGGAACUCCUGAACCCGCUGUUGGUAGGGGCAUGGGAGUUCGACCUGCCAGUCCACAUGUGUUUGGUGGAUCUGGAGAGGGCCUACAACCAUGUCCCCCGAGGGGCUCUGCGGGGGGUACAGAGGGAGUAUGGGGUACCAGGCCAACUAAUGAGAGCCAUUCGGUCCCUGUACAACCAAAAUCUCAAGGCACAGCCUGAGGAGGGUGUCCGGUUUGGGGACCGAAGAAUCACGCCUCUGCUUUUUGCAGAUGAUGCGUUCCUGCUGGCUUCAUCAGGCCGUGGCCUUCAGCACACACUGGAGCGGUUUGCAGCCGAGUGUGAAACGACAGGGAUGAGGAUCAGCACCUCGAAGUCCAAGGCCAUGGCUCUCUACCUGCUGAGCAGAUUGGAGUAUCCUGGUGCCGGACAUCUGAUUGAACCGCCCUUCUCACCUCAUUUCAGGGUGACUAACUUUAUGACCAGCGAGAGAGGGAAAGUGGUGAUGCUGUGGGGAGGUCACACCAAACCUCAUGCGGACGCUCAGGAGGACUCCUGGAGGAAGAUCUUGAGCUUUCUGCAGCAGCAUCUGUACUGCCGCCACAAGGCCAAGCUGUGAACGAUCACAUGACCACAGACCGCCGCUGUUAAACAUGAAACACAUGCUUCGAUUGUCAUUAUCAAUUUAUUGUUUUGGUUGGGUGAGCAUAGAUUCUUCGUUUUCAGCCUGAAGUCCACAAUGAGUUUGCCACAAAUCUAACAUGUGGGAAAAUGUGACAUUGCCAUUGUUUGCUUCAACUUCAAGUCUUUGUAAUUGCAGUACUGCUUGUGUUUGGUCAACAUUUUAUAACAAAGUGUAAUGUGAUAAAUUUCUGAGCAUAAACUCACCAAUUUACUAUGUAAACCUGAGUAUUCCCUGAGAUUAUAAAAUCAGAUAUUUAAAAAAACAACAACAAAAAAAUCAAUCCUCAGUUUUAAAUCAAACCUUGCAAAGUAAACCAAUGUGGCUGUGAUUGAUUCUCACAAAUUGCUGACGUUCACUUUAAAAUCAAUGUAAUUUUUUUCCAGCAGUAAUGACCAGUGUUGUGCUCUCUUUUGUUUUUUAUGAACUCCAAUUGUUUUUUCUCAUAAAUAUACCACUUACAUCUUGGAGAGUAUCUGAGUUUUUUUCUCGUAAAUUUGUGACUUUAAUCUCGUAAAUUCUGAAGAAAACUCACAAAUUCAUAAGAAAAACCUUAAAUAUUGUCUCUGAAAAUAAUGUCAAUCAUUUGUGAGAAAAAUUCAAGUGUCUGCAUCUGUGGUUUGAUGAGGUUGAUUCAUCUUUUAAAGUUUUUCUACAUAGAAUUGUGGGGUUUCAAUUUUUCACAGACUUUUCAAAGAUUUUUUGUUUUUAAACCUUUGAUGACAGCAAUAUAAUGUUUUGUCAAACAGAUGUUUAAUAAUUCAUAAACAAUUACAGAAGAAUAUGUGGACCAUCUGGACAAACUUAGCUUCAGUAGCUAGCUAGCGUACAUUAGCCUGAUAGCAAAGCCAAGCCAACAUACGGUUAUUUAAACAGAAAGAGGUCAUGAACAUCAUUAAUUGGCAUUUACGCACCAUGUUGUUAAAAUUAUUAGUGAUUAUUAUUUUAUACAAAAAGUUUUUGCUCUAAAAAUGUCAUUCUCAGCUUGUUAGCUUCAUUCGUUAGCAACAUGGAUCCAGGUCUAUUUGAUUUACUUUCAAAAUUAAGAUAUGAGCCGUGAUUCAGAGCUAAUGGUGCUGGUGGGUUUAUUGAUCAGUAUUGAUUCAAACUACUAAGAAAUGUUAAGCUGUACUGAUCUGUUGUGCCUAGGAUGGAUGACAUUAGCUUUAUAUGAUAAUUGACCAUGAAUCUGCUUUAGCACGAUGACUGUGAUCAAGGAUUGUGUUAUGUGAAAUAAAAAUAUUCUGGCUAGCA